AUGUGGCUCUCGGUCUUGAGUUUCAGCUUGUGCCUGGCGGGGACUGGUGCAGCGCCGCUCAUUCAGUCCCGGAUCAUUGGAGGUUGGGAGUGUGAGAAGCAUUCCCACCCCUGGAUGGUGGCCCUGUACCACAAUGGCUUCUUCAAAUGUGGGGGUAUUCUGGUGCACCCCCAGUGGGUGCUCACAGCUGCCCACUGCGUAGGAAAGAAUUAUCAGCUCAGGCUGGGUCACCACAGCCUGAAUGAGCGCAACGACAGGGGCCAGCUCGCCCAUGUCAGGGGUAGCUUCCCGCAUCCGCUCUACAACAUGAGCCUGAGGAAGAAACACAGGCCCCAGCCCGGGGACGACUACAGCCACGACCUCAUGCUGCUCCGCACGGCAAAGCCUGUGCAGAUCACAGACACCGUGCAGGUCCUGGAGCUGCCCACCCGGGAGCCCGCUGUGGGGAGCAGCUGCUAUGCCCUGGGCUGGGGCAGCGUCAACCCGGUUAACUUGUCACUCCCACCGACUCUCCAGUGUGUGGACCUCAGGCUGCUGCCCAGGGCCAUCUGUGCCCACAGCUACAAAGAGAAAGUGACAGGCUCCAUGCUGUGUGCUGGCGUCCUGUUGGGUGGCAAAGACACCUGCCUGGGUGACUCCGGAGGCCCCCUGAUCUGCGAGGGAGUGUUUCACGGCAUCACGUCCUGGGGUGGCAGGCCCUGUGCCAAGCGCCAGUUUCCUGCCUUGUACACCAAGCUGAUGUCUCACCGCGAGUGGGUCCAGGGCACCAUCUCCCAAAACUCCUGA